GAACGUCAUUGGUUUAAAGUUUGUCCCUCCGUAUAUUGUAGAAAUAAAACAUACCGCUAGCAUGACGGCAGGAUACUUUUCAGAUAAAGCGCUUCGUUAAAGUGCUUUUUUUAUUUAACUACUUCAUACUUGUGGUGCUGUUCGAGCGAAGAGAAGCUAAAGGCAGCAGCAUGUCGGUAGACAGUGUGUUUCGGACUCGGUCUCUCGGUGUAGCCGCCGAGGGGCUUCCUGACCAGUACGCCGAUGGGAAAGCAGCGAAGGUGUGGGAGCUGUACAUCGGAGACACUCAGAGCAGGACGCAGGAGUACAAAAGCUGGGUGGUGUCGCUUCUGAAGCAACAUGGGGUGCGAACCGUGCUGGAUGUAGCCUGCGGGACAGGAGUUGACUCCAUCAUGUUGGUGGAGGAGGGCUUCAACAUGGUAAGUGUGGAUGCCAGUGACAAAAUGCUCAAAUAUGCACUGAAGGCCAGAUGGGACAGAAGAAAGGAGUCUGCUUUCGAUCAGUGGGUCAUUGAAGAGGCCAACUGGCUGACAUUGCAAGCAGACAUCCAUAAACCAGCAGACGGCUAUGACGCCGUCAUCUGCCUUGGCAACUCAUUUGCUCAUUUACCAGACUUCAAAGGGGACCAAAGUGAACAGAAGUUGGCACUUCAUAACAUUGCCAGCAUGGUGAGGCCAGGAGGCAUCCUCAUCAUCGACCAUCGUAACUAUGACUACAUACUGGAGACAGGGCGGGCACCGCAAGGCAAAAAUAUUUACUAUAAGAGCGACCUGACGCAGGACAUCACCACCUCAGUGCUGUGGGUCAACAGUAAACCCCACAUGAUCACCCUGGACUACACCAUCCACGUGCCCCAGGCUGAGCACAACAACCUUCCUGAAGUCAGCAAGUUUCGUCUGUCCUAUUACCCCCAUCGCCUGGACAACUUCAGGGAGCUUUUGAAGGAGGCCUUUAGCGGUAAGAUGGAGCACAGCGUCUACGGAGAUUUCCAGACGUACGUUCCGGGACGUUCCCAGCCGCCCUGCUACUUCAUCCACGUCUGCAAGAAGGCUGCCUAGAGGAGCCGCUCCGAGUUCAGUCCUGCCGUUCGGGGUUUUAAGGCUUCAAUAUUUGUUUUUAGUCGUUUUACUGUCAGUCGUGCAUGGUCGCUAAAACCACAUUGUACUGCAGAAAGCUGAUUAAAGAAGCUCAUAUACAGUGAAGGGCACAAUCUGCUGUGAUGGAUCAAAAAAAAAAAAAAAAUUCGACUUUGGUGCAUUUAAAAAAUCUACUGGACCAUAGUUUCCCUCAGUGUGCUGCAUGCUGCUGUUGCAUUCUCUGUUUCUUCUGGCUGUAUAUAUUUUUAAUGUUUGUCAGAAUGGUGCUGUACAUAGUACAGGAUGAAUGGCACAUAUGUACAGUGAUAUGCCUUGGUAUAUGUGCAUAUUUAAUUUACCACAUUGGUCUUAAAAUGAAAGCAUUAAUAGGAUGAAUCUGACAGUCCUCUAAACAAUGUCCUGCCUGUUAUCUUUAGGUCUGCUGCUGCUUUUCUUUAGGGCACUAAAUUAUUAUUAAUAGAAUAUUUAAAUGUAUCCUUUUCAAAUGUUCUCUCUUGCGUCUUUGCUUUAACGAUUUCCUGAACGCGUAAGUUCACAUUAGUAUUGGUGAAUGCUGUGACCGACUGAUUAAGCUUUCACCUGUUUGGAGCCAAAGAACGUCUAGAACCCAACUUGAAGUGUAGUUUAUCAUUUCAGCUAAAGGUGCUACUGCUGAAAUGUUUCUAUAGCUGGAUAAUCAAAGUUGCCAAAAUUUCAUGUGUUUCACUUUUAUUUUUACCUUUUAAUAAUGUUCUUUUAGGAUGAGCAAAGAUUUACAUUUCUCAAUAUUUUCUAUUACGAGGUUUUCUCUGGAAAGAUAAUGGAAUUAGGGUCACGAUGAUAACUGAGGCUAUAGUAAUUAACAAAGAUGUCCAACAGUUGAACUGUUUGUAAUUGAAGCAGAGAAACAUUUUGGUAAGAUCCAAAGAAAUUUAGAGAACCACAAAGCCAAUUUUUGAAGGUCGUUACACAGAACAUAGCGUGUGUUCCACAGAUCAACAGUUUAUAGCAGAAAUUGCUGGGAUUCUUGUACAUGAUGCUUUCAUAAAUAAAGUGAAAAACACUGGA